UCUAUGUACAUAAUGGCCUGUAUAUAAGCCCAGAAACUACGAAAAGAUUCACAGAACAUUUUGAAGAGAGCAAACUGUAGAAAAGAAAUCAGUGAAAAAAAAAUUAUUAAAAUGGGAAAACUCAUUUUACUUCUUUGCUUCGCGAUUCUCGCAGUGACUUUGACCACGGCUUGUUUCCAUCUUGGCCAAAUAUGUACAAGUGACGCUGACUGUUGCGUGGGCAUAUGUCACCCAUGUGCAGGCCGUUGCACCGGAGGACCUCCCCCCGGAAUCCCAAUCGGACCGUGUUCACCAAAAGGCCCUCCAGUAUAACCAACUAACAAGGACUGAAUGAUUUACUUGGAUUAUGUUUCAGAGGCCAACAAUUUAAUUUUUUGCUUAAUUUAGAAAAGAAUAUAAUUCAUUAAAUGUAAUUUACACUUACAUUAUGAUUCAAAAUAUAUAUUUGCUUAUUCGUUA